AUCAGGCAGACUCCACGGCCACCCUCUUACAAUUGGAGUUUCAAAGCUUCUCCGCCGGAGAGGUCUGACAGGAACACCAACACAAAUUGUUGCUGUACCAGUGUAAAAGGGCAAAAGCUGGCAGGCUGACACAAGCGGAAAGCUUAUCAGGACGGAUUAUCUGGUAACUGACCAUUUAGCUGUGGCACACCCGGACUCCGUGUGAAGUGGGAUUUCGACCAUGAGCUCUGUCGCCGUACUUACGCAGGAGAGCUUCAAUGAGCAUCGCAGUGGCCUCCUGCCAGAGCAGCUUGGAGCUAAGGACAUGCAGCCUGGCUCUGAGGAUGAAGGGACCCUUCCUACCUACAGAGAGGCCUUUCCACCUCUCCCCGAGAAAGCUGCCUCUCCUGAUGGCACCCAGGAACCUGCCAAUGCCUGGACUAAGAUUCGACCAAUUAAGUCGUCCAUGAUUACCCAGGUGUUCCAUGUGCCCCUGGAAGAGCGCAAAUACAAGGACAUGAACCAGUUUGGGGAAGGUGACCAGGCUAAGAUCUGUGUGGACAUUAUGUACAAGACUGGGGCCCAUCUGGAGCUUUCCAUGGCCAAGGACCAGGGUCUCUCCAUCAUGGUCUCUGGGAAGCUGGAAGAGGUCAUGAGGGCUAGGAAGGAGAUUGUUUCCCGACUCCAGACUCAGGCCUCUGCGACUGUGGCUAUCCCAAAAGAACACCAUCGCUUUGUGAUUGGUAAGAAUGGCGAGAAGCUGCAGGAACUGGAGCUGAAGACUGCCACAAAGAUCCAGAUCCCGCGGCCUGACGACAUCAGCAACCAGAUCAAGAUAUCUGGCACCAAGGAGGGCAUUGAGAAGGCCAAGCAUGAGAUUCUCCUAAUCUCUGCUGAGCAGGACAAGCGUGCAGUGGAGCGUGUAACUGUAGAGAAGGUCUACCAUCCCUUCAUUACUGGGCCAUUCAACAAGGUUGUGAGUGACAUGAUGCAGGAGACUGGAGCCAGGAUCAACAUUCCACCACCCAGUGUCAACAAGACUGAGAUAGUCAUCACCGGGGAGAAAGAGCAGGUGGCCCAGGCUGUGAUUCUCAUAAAGAAGAUCUAUGAGGAGAAGAAGAAGAAUGUGACCACUAUUGCAGUGGAGGUAAAGAAGUCUCAGCACAAGUAUGUGAUUGGACCCAAGGGGAACUCCCUGCAUGAAAUCCUGGAGAAGACUGGUGUCUCGGUUGAGAUCCCACCCACUGACAGCAGCUCUGAAACUGUCAUCUUGCGAGGAGAGCCGGACCGUCUUGGACAGGCUCUGACGGAGGUCUACGCUAAGGCGAACAGCUACACUGUGGCCUCUGUCUCUGCUCCAUCCUGGCUGCACCGCUUCAUCAUUGGCAAGAAGGGGCAGAAUCUUGCCAAGAUCACACAGCAGAUGCCAAAGGUUCACAUUGAAUUCACAGAGGGUGAGGAUAAGAUCACCCUGGAGGGCCCAACCAAGGACAUGCAGCAAGUCCAGAGUCAGUUGGAAGCAAUCGUGGUUGACCUGGUGAGCCGCAUGGACUACACUGAAAUCACUGUGGAUCCAAAGUUCCAUCGUCAUCUUAUUGGGAAGGGUGGAGCAAACAUCAACCGGAUCAAGGAUCAGUACAAGGUGUCUGUUCGUAUUCCUCCGGACAAUGAGAAGAGCAACCUGAUCCGGAUUGAGGGCGACCCCCAAGGUGUGAUCGAAGCCAAGAAGGAGCUGCUGGAGCUGGCAUCCCGCAUGGAGAACGAGCGUACAAAGGACAUGAUUAUUGAACACCGUUUGCAUCGAACCAUCAUUGGCCAGAAAGGGGAGAAAAUCAAGGAAGUCCGUGAUAAAUUCCCGGAGGUAAUCAUCAAUUUCCCUGACCCUACACAAAAAAGUGACGUUGUCCAAUUUAGAGGACCCAGAACUGAAGUGGAGAAAUGUACCAAAUUCAUGCAGAAGAUGGUCACUGAAAUGAUGGAGAACAGCUUUUCUGUUUCGGUUCCAAUUUUCAAACAGUUCCACAAGAACAUCAUUGGAAAAGGAGGAGCCAACAUUAAAAAGAUCCGUGAAGAAACCAAUACGAAGAUCGACCUUCCAGCUGAGAACAGCAACUCUGAAGUCAUUGUCAUCACUGGGAAGAAAGCAAACUGUGAGGCUGCACGAAACCGUGUCUUGGCCAUUCAGAAAGAAUUGGCGAACAUCAUUGAGAUGGAGGUCUCCAUCUCCUCCAAGCUGCACAACUCCCUGAUUGGCUCCAAAGGGCGCUUUGUGCGUUCCAUCAUGGAGGAGUGUGGAGGUGUCCACAUCCAUUUCCCCACAGAGGGCUCUGGCAUUGACAACGUGACUAUCCGGGGGCCAGCGGAGGAUGUAGAGAAAGCAAAGCAGCAGCUGCUGUCCCUGGCUGAGGAGAAGCAUUACUCCUCAGUGUGACACCUCGACGCACGGUCGACGCUGAUGGUGUUCAGGACUAACACUUCCCUCCACGUUUGUAGGCGUUCCACGCGCUGGUCCACGCGCGACAACACAGGCGCCCGGAUCAUGUUCCCCACAGCUGAGGACAAGGACCAGGAGCUCAUCACUGUGGUGGGGACAGAGGAGUCUGUCCGGGAUGCACAGAAGGAGCUGGAGGGCCUCAUAAAGAGCCUGGAGAAUAUAGUGGAAGAUUUUAUGAUUGUGGACCCGAAGCAUCACCGGCACUUUGUCUCUCGACGCGGGCAGGUUUUGAGAGAUAUUGCUGAGGAGUACGGAGGUGUGAUGGUCAGCUUUCCACGUACUGGCAAUCAAAGUGACAAAGUCACCUUGAAGGGAGCGAAGGACUGUGUGGAGGCAGCCAAGAAACGCAUGGCUGAGAUUAUAGAGGACCUGGAUGCACAGGUGACCAUAGAGUGUGUGAUUCCUCAGAAGUUCCAUCGCUCUAUCAUGGGCCCCAAAGGCUCCCGCAUACAGCAGAUUACUCGUGACCACAAUGUGCAGAUAAAGUUCCCAGAGCGUGAGGACCCCCAAGGUACCCCAGUCCCCCUGGAGCCAGCACUGCAGGAAAAUGGAGAGGUCAGUGGAGAGCCUAGAGAGUCAGCAGACCCAGCAGCUCCCAAAAAGAGUGAUGUCAUCAUCCUGUCUGGGCGCAAGGACAGGUGUGAGGCAGCUGUGGAAGCACUUAAGGCUCUGGUUCCUGUCUCCAUCACAGUGGAUGUGCCCUAUGACCUUCACCGCUACAUCAUUGGCCAGAAAGGAAGUGGGAUCCGCAAGAUGAUGGAUGAGUAUGAAGUGAAUAUCCAAGUGCCUGCCCCCGAGCUGCAGUCGGACACCAUCUCCAUCACAGGGCUGGCUUCUAACCUGGACCGUGCCAAAGCAGGCCUCCUGGAGCGGGUCAAGGAGCUCCAGGCUGAUCAAGAGGAUCGGGCUCUGAGGAGUUUCAAGCUGACCAUCUCUGUGGACCCCAAGUAUCACCCAAAGAUCAUUGGCAGAAAGGGAGCAGUCAUCACCCAAAUCCGCACGGAGCAUGAUGUUAACAUCCAGUUUCCAGACAAGAAUGAUGACAACCAGGACCAGAUCACCAUUACAGGGUAUGAGCGCAAUGCAGAGGCUGCUAGAGAUAGUAUCCUGCAGAUUGUGGGAGAGCUGGAAGAGAUGGUCUCGGAGGACAUCACCCUGGACCACCGCAUCCAUGCCCGGAUUAUUGGAGGCCGUGGCAAAGGCAUCCGCAAGAUCAUGGAUGAGUUCAAGGUGGACCUCAAGUUCCCCCAAAGUGGAGCGGCUGACCCAAACUGUGUGACUGUCAUCGGGCGCCCUGAAAAUGUGGAUGAGGCCAUCGACCACCUGCUCAACCUGGAGGAGGAAUACAUGGGAGAUGUGGGUGACAGCGAGUCUCAGACAUAUAUGAAGCCUCGAGGCAGCACUACUGCGGACGAGCCCAGGGGUCCUUCCAAAGGGUUUGUGGUGAGGGAUGCUCCAUGGACCGCUGGACCCAGUGACCAGGCCCCAGACAUGAGCAGUUCAGAGGAGUUCCCCAGCUUUGGUACUACUGUGGCCCCAAAGUCCUCUCCUUGGGGACCCAAACGUUUCUAACCUGGAAGUAAAAGCUUGCAGUCCCAGCCUCAUUUCCCAAUGACCACCUGGACACUGCCCCUGCCCCUGAGCUGUCGGCCGAGCUUUUGAAGAGGUCGGGCAACUAGGCCACAAACCCCUUGAUAAAUGGACUGCCUGCCUCUUGAUUAGAAACCCAAAGGAGAGCAAAUAAGCUCUCCCCUUUUUUUUUUUUUUUUUUAUUUUUUUUUUUUUUUUUUUUUAAAUCCUAUGUUGACUGAAUUCUUCCCUGUGGUAUCUUACAGAAUAACUUUGGCUUAACAAAUCUGUUGCCAACGUGCAACCCUUACUACUUCCACUCUUACCCUGUUACUAUUUGUUUGCAGUUAUUGUGAGUCUUGACUCUGCAUUGAGCUGCAUGGGAGAAUGAACAGACCUACUCAUUCUAUUCAAAUGUCCUGUGACUAUGACCUGUGUAGCUAAUAGUUGUCAUCCUGGUAAAGACAGAUUUUUUUUUUUUAAAGAGAAAUGAUCAAUAUUGGAUUAACAGAACCCACAACCUUCAGAAGGAUGGCAGCAGCCUAUAGUGUACAAAAGCAGUUAGAGGUUACUUCAUUUUUUUUAUUGGUUACAAGGUCUGGCAAUUGGCAACAACCCAGUUUUUUAAAUUUGCCCCAUUUAAAGGUCCGGCAGUCAGGGCAGAGACUUGCCUUUCUCUCAUGCCUGCUUUUAGAAUGGGGAUCAAAUUCUGUAGCCGCUGUGUUUAAGUGGAAAAGUGCCAUUAAGAGAGUGGAGUUAAAUAAACUGAAUUCCUGAAACCCUGUGUAUGCGCUUCCUGAUAUUUGAUCACCUUGAUACAGAAGAAAUUCACUUAGUGAAGUAUACAUUUCUAAUGCAAAUUUUUUUUUUUUUUUUUUCUUCUUCCCCUGACUUGGUGUUUUAAAUAUUCUCUGGCAUCCACCUAAUUUUGAUUCCAUACCACGGAGAAGAGAACAAAGCUGCUAUAUUUAGAACCCACUGAACAAAACCCUAUAGGACCAUACUUAACUUUUCAGCUGCCAGGAGCAGUCGACCCUUUUUGGGUCCUAGCCUUUAAGGUGUCUAGAACAGUUACCAUAACAGAUGAGAGCAACGGUCAAUCACAAAGGGGUAACACUGCAUGUUUACCUGCAGAACAUGAUUUUGUUAAGUGUUAAUGUUUUAAAAAUUCAUGCUAGGCCUUUUCUAGGUUAAAUAUUCCAAUGUUGAACUGGAAAGUUAAGUCUUGGUUUUGUCUUGGCCAGUGGGUUGGAGUCCAGUCCUCCUUUUGUCUUCCUGUUGCUAAGUUGAGUAAUUUUCCCAUGGCUUUUUUGUUUGUUUGUUUAUUGGCUAACUUCAGAAAUGCAAAAGAUAACUGGAUAACUCUGGAAUUGAAAUGUCCACAAAAAUAAAGGAAAUUUAAGUA